CUGAUGAACCCACAAUUCAAGCUGGAGAAACUACAUCUGUAUAGAUGCAGUAUUACAGAGAAACAGAGUCUCAUCCUGACUUCAGCUCUGAAAUCAAACCCGUCACACCUGAGAGAGCUGGACCUGAGCGUGAAUAAACUAGGAAACUCAGGAGUGAAGCACUUAUGUGCCGUACUGAAGGAUUCACACUGUAAACUGGAGAGAUUGAGUCUACGGUACUGUGGCAUUACAGAUGUUUCUUCUUUAACUCAGUCUUUGACAAACUCAAAAGCACUGCAGUUUUUAAAAGAGCUUGAUCUGAGAGGUAAUAAGAUCGGAGAUUCAAAGCAGCGGCUCAGAGACGAGCUACGAGACUCAAACUGUGUCCUGAGUGUAGAUGAAGAUUGAUCAUAAAACGUCAGUGGAUUUACAUCCAGGUUUAAAUCUGUGAGACGGAGAUGAUAGGAGCAGAAACUAUCAGGUGAUCCACAGAAGAGUCUCACUGCUGUCUAUGAGGAGAAAUACAUGUGUAAAUGUGUUUCAUACAGGUGGAAGAGACUCAGACUUCACUAUUAAAUAAAGCAGCGUGUGUGUUAGCAUGCGUAUUAGAAACAUGUGAUAUUGAAUGAUUAAUGUUGGUUUAUUAUUCAGCCAAAUGAUGGUUUAGUUGUAAUUAAAGGUGGAACAGAGGAAGAAGCUCAGAUGAGUGUCAGCAGAAAUCUUCACUAUCAGGCCUGCAAAUAUAAUAAUGUUUACACUAAACUCAUAAUUAUUCCAAUAUUUCUAAUCAUCAAUGUGAUUGUCAAGUAAAGUUUACAUGAAACUUUUAAACAUUUGCAUAAUCUCUAACAUUUUAUAAACAGAAUAUGUUUUUUAUUGUUUUAUUGUAUAUGAAGUUAGUUUAGUUUAGUGUGUGUGUGUGUUUGUGAUGCACAGAUGUACAGUAUAUUGUGUUUGUUCUGUGGAUGAAGUCUCUUCUCCUCUACAGACCAACUAAACAUUUUCCCCAGUUAA